UGGGAGACCAGAUAUAGUGAAUGCAGGGUCCAGGAGACCAGAUAUAGUGAAUGCAGGGUCCGGGGAGACCAGAUAUAGUGAAUGCAGGGUCCGGGGAGACCAGAUAUAGUGAAUGCAGGGUCCGGGGAGACCAGAUAUAGUGAAUGCAGGGUCCGGGGAGACCAGAUAUAGUGAAUGCAGGUCCGGGGAGACCAGAUAUAGUAAAUGCAGUGGUCCGGGGAGACCAGAUAUAGUGAAUGCAGGGUCCGGGGAGACCAGAUAUAGUGAAUGCAGGGUCCGGGGAGACCAGAUAUAGGGGGAGACCAGAUAUAGUGAAUGCAGGUCAGGGGAGACCAGAUAUAGUGAAUGCAGGGUCAGGGGAGACCAGAUAUAGUGAAUGCAGGGUCAGUGGGGAGACCAGAUAUAGUAAAUGUAGGGUCAGGGGAGACCAGAUAUAGU